AUGAAGUCGGCAUUCCUGGGCUCGUUAUACUGCGUGCUGAUGCUCGUGGGACUGGGGUUGUCGACAGACAACAGGAUGCCCCCGAAAGCGCCCGGCCUCAGCCAUCUGUACACGGUCAACAUCACGGGCGGCGAUGCUGUUCCAGUCGGGCCCGGUCCGCGCGGCACCCGGCUCGUGGUCCCCAUCUUGGGCGGCAACUUUGCUGGACCUAAGCUCAAAGCUCAUCCACCGCUAGGGACGGUGCUGCCCAUAGGCGCAGACUGGGCCCUGACCGAUGCCAACGGGGUCAACGGCUCGCUCACGGCCAACGUCCGGCAGACGUUCAAGACGGACGACGGUGCGUUCAUCCAGGUGUUUGAGACGGGCGAGGUCCAGCCGGACGGCAGCGCUUUUGUCCGUCUGGCGUACGAGACAGGAAGCGAAGCGUACUACUGGCUCAAUACUGUCGUUGCAAUCGGCAUCAUCCACAACGUGGACACGAACCACCUCACCAUCGAUACCUGGCAGAUGACGGCCCCGUGA